GAAGCAUGCUGUUUCACUGGGGGGUUUAAAACACAGUUUGUGGAAGAAACGAGAUCAUUCUGUCUUUUCAUUUGGAUGAUAAAGCUAUAAGUCAAAGCUUUUAAACAGAACGUUUGUUUUUGUGGUCACGUUACCAGAAAAGAGACUAAUAUUUUUGUGAAAUUUUGAAGAGCUUCUCAAGAAAUGACGCAGUUGUUUUGGAGUCGAGUUGCCUUAUAUUGCGUCUUUUUCACGAUUGCGUGUAAUGGCGUUCUCUUGAAGUCAAGGGAGAAAAUAAAUGAGACGAAAAUGGACAAAGGAUGUCUGGUGAGGGACGGUCGUGAUGGAGUGCCUGGUCCCCCAGGAUUGCCAGGAUCCCCAGGAAUACCAGGAAGAGACGGUCGUGACUGUAUGAUGAAAUGGUCUCUGAACAAAGUAUUUGAGAUGGAGAAACAGUUACAUGAGUUGAGUUCAAAAUGUCAGUAUGCCGCAAAGGAAGUCGUGGAUGUUAAAAUGGAACUGGGAACGACUAAAGAACAAGCACGGAAGUUGUUGACGAUACUUGCAGAGAAGAAAAUAGUAGAUAUCGAUGAUAUCCCGAUGCAAAAGGUUUAUAUGGACGAUACCAAUCACAUACAUGACAUAUACGAUCUCGAGAGUACAAUUACCACACUGGAGCCUGCAACACCGAUACCCACUAUUACCACGACAAUAAAGCGUACUGAACAGAAAGCCGAUUGUAAGAAGCAGUUAAUGUUUCACACGCAUCAUACAGUUGAAACACGAGGAGCAGUCGGCAUCGAAGUGUUUCAAAUCGAACAACGGACUUUCUUGGCUGUUUCGAACUUUCAUGUAUCAGAAGAUGGUUUCAAGACGAGCUCUUUUAUUUAUCGCAUGAAUCCGACGACGUGCCGUUUUGAAAUGUAUCAACGGCUUCCCACGAUCGGUUGCCGAUCCAUGACGUUUUUCUCUGAUGGUAAAGAAUCGUAUUUAGUCACCGCAAACCAUUACGAUGGCCGCACGCAUGAACUCGACUCUUUCAUCUUCAAGUGGAAUGGAAGCGAGUUUGUAAACUACACGAGUGUGAAGACGUACGGAGCAUCCAAGUCGGCAUUCUUCAACAUCAAUGGUGAAAACUUUUUGGUUUUUGCAAACUAUAGGAAUAACACAGGUAUUUCAACAUCUGUUGUAUACAAGUGGCUUCGGGGAAAAUUGGAAGUGUUUCAAAACUUGGCCACAAAAGGAGCAGUCGAUGUGAAGUUUUACCGUAGCAACGAUGGCAAGUUGUUUCUGGUCUUCGCCAUUCGUAGCUUAAGAUUAGAUGUGCUAUCCGAAGUAUAUGUGUGGAACGGAAGUCGUUUCAUCUUCCUGCAGAACGUGAAGGCAUCGGAAGCGCAAGGAGUAGAUAUGUUUGAGUCUGAGGCAGGAUUGUUCCUGGCAGUAGCCAGUUACCGUGUUGCCAACUCUUGGUAUUCCAAUAGCAACAUCUUUCGCUGGAACGGUACCGCUUUUAUUUUAUUUCAAGAAAUCGAAACAAGUGCUGCAAUCAAGAUCGGUCAUUUCUUUUACAACGAUCGUCUUCACCUCAUAAUUGCAAAUUACUAUGACGAGACCACAAAAUUCGAAACUCAUUCGAUGGUUUAUCGAUAUGAUCCAAAACAGAAUCUGUUCACGAAAUUUCAAGGCCUUACCACGAUUGGUGCUUACGACCUACAGCCGUUCUCUUACGAUGGCGAUCUCUACCUUGCUGCUGCGUUUCGAUUUGAUGGCAAGAGCGGUACUCUGAAGAGCAAAAUUUACAAAAUGUAUUACGGUUGUGUCGAUAAAGAAAACGUUUUGCCGUGAAAUAAAAUUGAACGAGUAUUUUGAAAUGUCUGUUUUUCUUUUCUUCAAUUUGAUAUAUAUCUUUAGAUAGAUGAGGAAUGCAUAAUUCUCAUAUAUGUAUUGCGUGCUGAAAAACUCCGCUAUAAAGAAUAUGUAGUUUCAUGUAAGAGUAAUUUUUUAUGUAAUUAUUGAAACAUAAAAUUUUGUCAAUUUCUUUGGA